UCUUGCUGUUUCCCUCUGAGGUGGGUGAAUCACCUCCUCUCUGUGGUGGGAAAGGGAGCUGCACUGUCCCAACCCAGAGGCCCGUUCUGUCCAAGAAUCCAGUGAACCAGACAGGAAAUAUGACUGCAGACUGCUCAGUUCUGGUCAGCAAUGGUCAGCGUAUUGUUGGAGGAACCUUAGCUACAAAGAACGAGUGGGCCUGGCAAGUCAGCAUGCAGUGGAGGGGAAGACACGUCUGUGGUGGUGCCAUCAUCUCUCCUCGUUGGGUGAUCACUGCAGCACACUGCUUUGUUGAUAAUAACAUGCUUCAAGUAGCUGACUGGACGGUUGUGGCAGGCACUGUAAGCAUUGCACACAACUCUCUGGGGCAACACUACAGGGCACUGCAGAUCCUCUACCACCCUGGCUUUAAGGUUAUGCACAAUGACUAUGACGUGGGACUGCUGCGCACCAUAAUUGACAUGGACAUGACGAGUGGGGUCCGACCGGUCUGUUUACCCAGUCCAACCGAGUCCUUUCCUGAUGGAUCAGACUGCUGGAUCACAGGCUGGGGAUACGUAAAUGAAAACACAGGCUAUGUGUCAGAAGAGUUAAGGCAGGCUCAUGUUAAGGUAAUAGCUCAAUCCAUCUGCUACGACUUGAGUGUCUAUGGUCUCUUCAUAACUCCUCGAAUGAUUUGCGCUGGGAGCAUGGAUGGAGGGGUUGACUCUUGCCAGGGGGACAGUGGUGGACCACUUGUGUGUAAGACAUCUAAAGGGGAUUGGAAGCUGGCAGGCGUGGUGAGUUGGGGAGAGGGAUGCGCACGGCCUAAUAAACCAGGCGUCUACAGCAGAGUAACUGAACUGCUUCAGUGGAUUGAACAUUACAUAGACAUACAGGUAUGGGAAGCACUUUUCCUCACCGCUUGUAAAUGUAAAACCUAUCUUUAUCUGUCGCUCUGUUUCGGAGUCAAAGUUCUGUUAGUUUAUUUACUGCAUCUGUGUCACAGUCUAUCUAAAAAUGCUUUUCUAUUUUCAUUUUGA